AUGUCCCCAGAUUCCACACCGCAUCUACUAGGACUCGCUGGCUCCGGAACCUCGGCCCGGAACUUCCGGGUUCGGCCUCCGUGCGGCAAGGCACGCUGGGAGGAGGAGAAUCCCCUCCCACAGUGCCUGGGACUAGCUAUUCUCACUGGACCACAAAUCCCAGAAUACAAUGCGUCCACUGAGUCCUGCUUCGGCCGAGCAUGCGCUCUUAGCGAUCCCGGGGGCAGGUGGGAUUCGCUUACGACAGCUGGCAGCAGAACCAUGGCUGUCCUGCUCCGAGCUGUGCCGCGGUGGCCAGGGCCAACCGUGUGGGGAAGGCCACUCUACCAUCUGUGGUACCGCAGUGGGCAGGAUCCUAGGAGGUGCGUGGGGAGCAGGUCGGCCACCUCGAAGGAGAGACCACUGGGCACAGAGACAGAGAAAUUCCACAUGGUCUACCGUUUGGAUGCCAUCAGAGCCUUUGGGUACUUGUCUCAGCUGAAGGUGGCACAGACGGCCCUGACGGUGGUGGCCCUGCCACCUGGCUUCUACUGGUACUCCCAGGGCCUCAUGACUCUCAACUCCCUGUGCCUUGUGGGUGGGAUAGCUGGCUUCGCCCUGACCAUGCUGUGUUGGAUGAGCUAUUUCUUCCGGAGGCUGGUGGGUAUCCUGUACCUGAACGAGUCAGGAACCGUGCUGCGGGUGGCCCACCUGACCUUUUGGGGCUGGCGGCAGGACACUUACUGCCCAGUGGCUGACAUCAUCCCCCUGGCAGAAACCCAGGACCGGCCUCAGGAGCUAUUCGUGCGGAUCCAGCAGUACAGUGGGAAGCAAACCUUCUAUCUUACCCUGCGCUAUGGACGCAUCGUGGACAGAGAGCGUUUCACGCAGGUGUUUGGGGUGCUGGACACGCGCAACUGAACAUCUGGACGCUGGGCUUCCGGGUAGCACUGGGCUGCCUGGAUCUCUGACAGAAGCCUGAGGGUGUGAGUGAGGCUAAAGAAGGAGAUCUGGCAGUUGGAGACUUUGCCAGGGCCCCUGGGAACUUGUGCUUUGGGAUGAGAACGUUCACCAGGUGGAUGCUAGUCACCUGGUUUAGGAAAGAGGCCCGUGGUGCAAAUUCUUACUGCGCCGUCGGUGACGUUGGUAGGUAAUGGCCAGAAGUGGCUGUUUUGGAGGAAGCUAUGCCAACUUCACUCAGUACAGUGCAGUGAAGUGGGAAGAGAGGUGUGGCCAGGGGAGCAUAGGACUAGGAGUCAGAAGACUUGGGUUCUGUUCUGUCUGUUCUCAACUCCCUGUCCUGGGGCAGGUAAGUCAGUCUCUGAACCUUGGUUUUGCAUUUUUUAAAUGGAAACUCCUGCCUGUCUUGUGAGAUGGGUGUGAGAAUAAACAAUAAAUGUCAAGUGCUUUGCAAACUCAACAGGUGGGAGCAAAUAUUAAGCGUUAGUUAAUUCAGAGGUGAUGGUGCAAUGGACCCAGCAGGAGACGGGACUUGAGAUGAAGCCUAGCGCUGGGUCCUUUCAUUCUGCCAGGACAGUAGCUGCACAAUGACUGGGGCAGCAGUGUCAUCCCAGAGAGCACAGCACUCCUGCCGGGACCAUGAUCACUACCCAGAGGUCUAGGGGCUCUCACGUCAGACGCCUCUGUGGACUUUGUGUUCCUGGGCCAAUUUUUGCCUAAAGAAUAAGUUCUCAAGCCCUGGCUCCAUGUGCCGAAUCACCUGGAGAGCUAUUUACAAAUAGGUCCCCCAGGUGAUUUUCAUGUGUAGCCUGGGUCGAUAGUCGCUGCCCCGAAGUGUCACCACACUGGGGGAUGAGUGCUGGCUUCUCACCAGCCUUGACAUGAAAACCUUCACGUCGACGUGUGAUCUGCUCACGCAGUACCAGCAGAGGGCACAAAGAGUAAAUGCAUUAUCCAUCCCAUUAUUCCCGAGCUAAAGUCACAGAUCUCCACGUGACAGUGGCAGUCGGCUUAGGGCUCCUGCAAUGCACGUAGGGCAGCACUUGGGAGCUGUCCAAAAAACCCCCAAAGCAACAUCAGCAGAGACAACAAAACUCGCCUGUGUUCAGCCCCUGUAGAUUCUGGUAGAAGCUGGGUAUCUAUUUUUAUGCUUCCCGGGUAAUUCCAAGGCACCCCAAGUUUUGAGGAUCCUUGUGUGGGGUUUACCCUUCUUCUCCAAAGCCAUGCAGCAGCUUCUCAGCAAAAUGGAAGUGGUCUUUAGAUUCAGGUGGUGGGGAUACUGGCAAUUUCCCCCUUUGACAAUUCCAAAAUGGUAACCUAAUAGAAAUACCCAAGCACACAUAGCAGGAUGUUCACUGAAUGUUUCUAAUGGCAAAACAAAACAAUAGCACAGAUGAAACUGGAAGUAAACUAAGUUUCUACCAGUGGCAACACGGUUAAGUAAAUGGUGGAUCCAAUACUAUGGGGUAUUACACGGCCCUUGAAAAGAGUGAGAUUGAACUAUCUGCCGACAUGGAAAGGUGACCAUGGGGUAGCGUUACCUGGAAAAAACAAGUCACAGAACAUAGUUUUGUGUGAUCUUGUGUUUUGAAAAAAAUGCAUGCAUUACAAGGUGUUAACAGUGGUUAGUUACCUCUGGGGAGAGAACUGGAGGUGAAUGAGGUGAAGGGCAGGCUUCCAAUUUUAACUUUAUAACCUAGUAUCGUUUAAAAUUUUCGUAAUGAGCAUGUCAUCUGUCAUAACAAAUGAAGAAAAAUGCUGUAAUAAACAGUUUCUUUUUCCAUUCUUUCCUCCUCAACAU